AGGCAGCGCAUGACGUCACGCGUGAAGGUGGAACGUAUAUGAAGUCAAUAUGUAUAUAAAUGUGCCGCUAACCCCCAGCAGCAGAUAAAGGAUUUGCCUGAUGAUGUGGGACUUUCACAGAACAUUUCUCUGAGACCCCUGUGUGUGUAAAGGACUGUUACUAGUGGUUACAAGAUGUUCCUCCUUGAGAUCAGCUACACGUCCUUCUUUGAAGCUACUCUGACCUCAGUCCUAUCAUUGGUCCUACUAUUGGCUGCUUCUCACCAGCUCUGGUCCUUGAGAUGGCACAGCACCAGGGACAGAGGGAGCAGUUUACCCCUUCCCAAGGGCUCCAUGGGAUGGCCCUUCUUUGGAGAAACUAUGCAUUGGCUUGUGCAGGGUUCUAGUUUCCACAGUUCCAGGAGGGAGAAGUAUGGCAACGUAUUUAAGACCCACUUGCUGGGGAAGCCGGUUAUUCGAGUGACAGGGGCAGAGAACAUUCGCAAGAUCUUGUUGGGAGAACACAGCCUUGUCAGCACCCAGUGGCCGCAGAGCACCCAAAUGAUCUUGGGAUCCAAUACGCUUUCCAACUCUAUUGGGGAGCUCCAUCGACAAAAGAGGAAGGUGAUGAGCAAGGUGCUGAGUAGCGCCGCGCUAGAGAGUUACAUCCCUCGGAUCCAGGACGCGGUGCGCUGGGAGGUGCGCGGCUGGUGUCGGGGUGUCGGGCCGGUGUCUAUGUUCGCCUGUGCCAAAGCCCUGACUUUCCGUAUCGCCGCCCGCAUCCUGCUGGGUCUCAGCCUCACGGACUCGCAGUUCCACGAAUUGGCCAGGACCUUCGAGCAGCUGGUGGAGAACCUCUUCAGCCUCCCCUUGGACAUCCCAUUCAGCGGCCUCCGAAAGGGCAUAAAGGCACGUGAUACUCUCCACCAGUACAUGGAAGAAGCCAUAAAAGAAAAAUUAACAAGAAGAGACCCAAAUGCCUGUGAGGACGCCCUGGAUUAUCUAAUAAACUGCUCCAAGGAAGGUGGCAAGGAAAUCAAUAUGCAAGAGUUAAAGGAAUCUGCCAUAGAACUUUUAUUUGCAGCUUUCUUGACAACUGCAAGUGCCAGCACCUCCCUGGUAAUGCUCUUGCUGAAGCACCCUUCUGCCAUCCAUAAAAUGCGUCAGGAGCUGGCAUCUCAUGGGUUCACUAAACAAUGUCAGUGUCUUCCUGGUAUGGAAAACCCAAAUAACAACAUCGUGCAGGAUAACGGGCAUCAAUGUCUGACAGCUGGGUGCCAGUUGCCUCUUCUAAUGGGCACUGAAGGGCACGUGAAGACCCGGGGGGAACAGAUUGAACAACUGCUCGCUGACACAUUUGAUCAAGACCCACAUAACUCCUUAUCCAUUAAGAAUUCCCUCAAUGGUGAAAAUAGAACCCAGGAGUCACCCUGCAACCAAGAUAAGUCCACUUGCAGCCCAGUGCCAGGAAAGCUGCAAAAUUCAGAAUGUGAUGGAACCAGCCAUCAAAACCCCAACUUAGAGAAGCUCAAGAGCCUCCACUACCUGGAGUGUGUAGUGAAAGAGGUUCUGCGCCUGCUUCCCCCGGUGUCUGGAGGCUACAGAACAGCACUGCAGACGUUUGAGCUUGACGGUUACCAGAUCCCCAAAGGCUGGAGCGUCAUGUACAGCAUUAGGGACACCCACGAAACGGCCGCAGUGUAUCAGAACGCAGAAAUGUUUGACCCAGAGAGGUUCAGCACUGAGAGAGACGAGGGGAAAUUGGGCAAAUUCAACUACAUCCCCUUCGGUGGAGGAGUCAGGAGCUGUAUUGGGAAAGAACUGGCAAAAGUCAUUCUCAAAAUCCUGGCCAUGGAGCUGGUAACUACUGCCAAGUGGGAGCUGGCAACACCAAGCUUCCCCAAAAUGCAGACCGUUCCAGUAGUGCACCCAGUGGAUGGACUCCAGCUUUCUUUCAGUUUCCUAAGCGACAGUGACACAGAAGCAAAAAAUGGGUCACGUGCCAAUCCCUGAACUUCUUAACACUUAAAUUAUUUUAUCUUUAGUUUCUAAACGGGUUCCUUUCUGUGUGUAACGUAGGUACUGGAACAAAUAAAUAGGAGUAACAGGAAUAAAGACUAUUUAUAAUGUAAUAUUUAUAUGGCUCUUGGCAGAAGAGUGUAGGGUAAAUCGAAGCGAUAGGAAUAAAUGCAGUUAUUUUA